UUUGAUCUGUACGUCAACAUUUUAUGGAAGCCGGUGUUGCUCUGGAAGCAGACCAGACGUGGGAACCGGGCUUGCUGUGUUUUUUAAAUGUCGUUCCGAGUGGAUUAAAUUGUAGAGAAAGAAGCGUCUGUGGAAACGACGAGGUGCCGUCAGGAGUUGUCAGAACGGAGCAGUGUCGGGGAGAGAAGGGGCCACUGUCCGAGGAACUGACCGCAGCUUGUGGAGGCUGACCAGCCUGGAGGCCGCGGACAGCGUCCGGACUGAUGGCUCCAGAGUGACGUGCCAUGGCUUUGAUGAUCCCGCCAGUGAAGGUGAAAUGGCUGGAGCACCUCAACAGUUCGUGGAUCACAGAGGACAGCGAGUCCAUCUCCAGGCGGGAGGGGGUCUCACUGCUGUACUCCAAACUUCUGGCCAACAAGGAAGUGGUUCUGUUGCCACAGCAGGUUUUGUGUCUUAAGGGACCUCAACUGCCUGACUUUGAGCGGGAGUCACUGUCCAGCGAUGAGCAGGAGCACUACUUGGACGCGCUGCUCGGGAGCCAGCUGGCUCUCGCCAAAAUGGUGUGCUCCGACUCGCCAUUUGCUGCUGCCCUGCGCCAGCGAGUCCUGGUCUUGCAGCGGGUCUUUUACGCUCUGUCUAACAAGUACCAUGACAAGGGUAAGGUGAAGCAGCAGCAGCACUCACCAGAGAACAAUCUGAGCUCUGCAGAUCAGCACUCUGUCCAUGAGCGUCCGCGCUCCAGCACCGACGCACUCAUUGAAAUGGGUGUUCGGACCGGGCUGAGUCUUCUGUUCGCUCUUCUGCGUCAGAGCUGGAUGAUGCCCUCAGUCAGUGGGGGAGGAGGAGCGGCUGUUCACGGGGGAGGGACCGCUGGUACAAUCAACUUGUGUAACGAUGUCAUCCACACGGCCAUCGACGUGGUUAGCUCAUUGCCUCCACUUUCACUGGCCAAUGAGAGCAAGAUCCCGCCCAUGGGUCUGGACUGUCUGGCGCAGGUAACGGCCUUCCUGAAGGGCGUCACGAUGCCCAACAGUGGCGCAGACAUGCUGGGCCGCCGGCUGGCGUCUGAGCUGCUGUUAGGGUUAGCGUCGCAGAGGGGAUCCCUCAGAUACCUGCUGGACUGGAUCGAGAUGGCCCUCGCUGCCUCCGCGGUGGUCUGUUCUCGGGAUCAAACACCGGUCCCCCAGGGUCAGAAUCAAGAAGGUCUCAUUGGAUAUGACUGCUUCAUGAACAUUCUGCUGCAGAUGAGACAUUCGCUGGGCUCCUCGGCCGACCGCAGCCAAUGGAGAGAGCCAAGUCGCAACGCUGAUGGACUCUGUUCCUUAUAUGAAGCUGCACUUUGUCUUUUUGAAGAAGUGUGCAGGAUGGCUUCGGACUACUCUCGGACUUGUGUGAGUCCAGAGAACAUCCAGGCGGGUGAAGUUCCCGUGGUGACCGAGACAUGCGAGGUCUUUGUGUGGGGGAGCAACAGCAGCCACCAACUUGUGGAGGGAACCCAGGAGAAGAUUCUGCAGCCCAAGCUCACCUCGACCUUCUCUGAUGCCCAGACGAUCGAAGCUGGCCAGUACUGCACUUUUGUCAUAUCAUCUGAUGGUGGCGUUCGCGCCUGUGGGAAAGGCAGCUAUGGUCGACUGGGGCUGGGCGAUUCCAACAACCAAUCCUCACUGAAAAAACUGACCUUCGAGCCACACCGGGCCAUCAAGAAAGUGUCUUCGUCCAAGGGCUCCGACGGUCACACACUAGCCUUCACCACUGAAGGGGAGGUGUUUAGCUGGGGGGACGGAGACUAUGGCAAGCUGGGGCAUGGAAACAGCUCCACCCAGAAGUACCCCAAACUCAUCCAAGGACCCAUGCAGGGCAAGGUGGUGGUGUGUGUUUCUGCUGGUUACAGACACAGCGCUGCCGUCAGCGAGGAUGGGGAGUUGUACACAUGGGGAGAAGGAGAUUUUGGGCGACUUGGUCACGGUGACAGCAACAGUCGGAACAUUCCCACACUGGUCAAAGACAUCAGCAACGUGGGCGAGGUGUCGUGUGGAAGCUCCCACACUCUGGCGCUUUCCAAAGACGGGCGCACCGUGUGGUCAUUCGGCGGAGGGGACAACGGAAAACUGGGCCACGGUGACACCAACAGAGUUUACAAGCCCAAGGUGAUUGAAGCUCUCCAGGGGAUGUUCAUCCGGAAAGUGUGUGCAGGAAGUCAGUCGUCUCUGGCUCUGACCUCGACCGGACAGGUGUAUGCGUGGGGCUGCGGUGCUUGUCUGGGCUGCGGCUCCUCUGAAGCCACGGCGCUGCGGCCCAAACUGGUGGAGGAGCUGGCCACUACCAGGGUGGUGGACGUGUCCAUCGGAGACAGUCACUGUCUUGCCCUCUCACAUGACAAUGAGGUUUAUGCAUGGGGGAACAACUCCAUGGGUCAAUGUGGUCAGGGAAACUCCACUGGCCCAAUCACCAAACCCAAAAAGGUCGUGGGUCUGGAUGGAGUCGCCAUUCAGCAGAUCUCUGCCGGGACCUCCCACAGCCUUGCGUGGACCGCCCUCCCGAGAGACAGGCAGGUGGUGGCGUGGCAUCGUCCAUACUGUGUGGACCUAGAGGAGAGCACCUUCUCUCACCUGCGCUCCUUCCUGGAAUGUUACUGUGACGGCAUCAACAGUGAGGCCCCCCCUCCACCCUUCCCUUCUUCAAGGGAGCAUCAUCACUUCCUUAAGCUUUGUCUGCGGCUCCUGUCCAAUCACCUGGCUCUAGCGUUGGCCGGGGGCGUGGCCACCAGUAUUUUAGGCCGUCAGGCCAGACCUUUAAGAAACCUGCUUUUUAGACUGAUGGACUCGUCUGUACCUGAUGACAUCCAAGAGGCUGUGAUUGACACGCUGUCAGUGGGCGCCACCAUGCUGCUCCCACCCCUCAGAGAGAGGAUGGAACUGCUUCACUCUCUGUUGCCUCAGGGCCCGGACAGAUGGGAGAGUUUGUCCAAGGGUCAGAGGAUGCAGCUGGACAUCAUCCUCACGAGCCUGCAGGACAACACGCAUGUUGCUUCUCUGCUGGGGUACAGUUCUCCAGCCGACAGUCCAGAGGUUCUUACAUCUGGCUCUGGUUCGGCUCCAGCGUCAGACCUGAAUUACAUUGGAUCCAGUCACCCAGACACUCACUUGGCCGAGAUCCUCAUGAAGACCCUGCUGAGGAACCUAGGCUUCUACACUGACCAGGCUUUUGGUGAGCUGGAGAAGAACAGUGAUAAACUCCAACAGGAUAUGACAUCAUCGGACAGCAGCCAGCCUGCACACCUGCAUCUGUUGCUGUGUUCACUACAGAAACAGCUUUUAGCUUUCUGCCACUCAAACAGCGACAGCGAGAACUGGAGCAGUGUCGCUCUGCUGCACAAACACCUGCAGCUGCUGCUGCCUCAUGCCACCGACAUUCUCUCGCGCUCGGCUGUUUUGAUCAGAGACAGCGCCGGCAACGAAAGCUUGAGAGAGAAACUGCAAGAGGUCAUCUAUGUGUCUGCAGCAGGCAGCAUGUUGUGCCAGAUCAUCAACUCACUGCUGCUCCUGAGUGUGUCUGUGUCGAGGCCGCUGCUGCGCCACCUGCUGGAUCUGUUGCCUCCGUUGGAUAGACUGAACCGUCUGUUGCCUGCUGCAGAACUCCUGGAGGACCAGGAGCUGCACUGGCCCCUGCACAGUACGUCGGACUUUGCAGAUCCAGCCUCAGGAAUGUCCCUGCCCCCGCCGGCGCAAAUGUGGGUGUGGUUGGUGGACCUGGAGAGGACGGCCGCCCUGCUGGUGGGACGCUGUCUGGGUGGAAUGCUGCAGGGAGCCCCUGCCUCGCUGGAGGAGCAGGACACUGCCUACUGGCUCAAAACCCCACUCUUCAGCAACGGCCUUGAGAUGGAGAGCACACAGCUCGAUGGCUGCAUCAGCUCUCUUCUGGAGGCAGCGCUUUCAGGUAAUGAGGAGCAGAAGCCCUUUGACUGUCCCCUCCCCUCGGACCUCAUGGUUCUGGUCGAAUUGUCCGUGGGCUCCACCAAGGAACCUGCCAGCAGCCUCUGGAUCAACAUGCAGGACUAUGCACUCAGCAAAGACUGGGACAGCUCGGGUCUGGGUUCGGAGGUUCUGUUGGACACAGUGUCUAGAUUUGUCCUGGCGGCGCUGUUGAAGCACACAGGUCUUCUCAGUGAGGCAACCAGGGAGGGAAAGUAUCAGCCAUCUCCUUCCCUGGCUGAAGUCUAUCGGAGUGUCUACAAGGUGCGAGGGCGCCUGCUGGCCUGCAAGAACCUGGACUUUGUUCAGACUCACCUGUCCUCUCAGGAUGAAAGGACUUCAGACAACCAGGACUGUGGGGACCUGGACCCGCAGGAACAUUCUUUUACACGGACGAUUGAUGAGGAGGCCGAGCUGGAAGAGAGAGCCAGCCGCGAGAGAGAGGAUGGCCAUCUGGAGCAGGAUGACGACGAGGACAUUCCACCUGGAAAAAUUAUGAAAUGUUUCUUUUCAGCAAGAGAAUUGGCUCAUAUCUGGGAUGGGGAGCGGGCAGGCAGUAGCAGUCAGAACUCGGCUUCUUGGGGCGCUCUUGGAGCCGGAGGAAGCGCUAUCCCAGAUGUGCCGGUCCAAAGCCCGCAGGGCAGGAGAGGCAGCACUGGCCUCCCAGAGGGGCACGACGUGUACACCGCUACCUGCAACUCCGUCAUCCAUCGCUGCGCCCUGCUGGUGCUCGGCGUCAGCCCGGUUCUGGACGAACUCGCCAAACAGAACCAGGAGGAGCCGCUGACUCCGCCUACGGCACCCACCCAUGAGUGUCUCAGUUUCAUGACGAGGAGUGAGAGUCUGCAGUCUCAAGGUCGCUCUGUCCAGUUUUCUGGAUUUAAACUGUUGAAGUCCAGAAGUGAAUCGGAUCUGUCGCAGCCAGACUCUGAUGAGGAGGGAUACUCUCUGAGUGGCAGGUUCACUGUGGACCAGGACUCUUCCUUCUCUCAGAAAAAGAAAGGACUUCGCCACUACUCUCCCGACUCUCUGGCCGAGUCUUGGUUCCGUGCCAAACUGUGUCACCAGAGAAGCUUUGGCUCCACUCACUGGUCUGGAGAAUCGGACCUGGACCUGAGCUGCUCGCUCGGUGUCCACGCUCUGAUAGACAAUGUGGUCAGUUUCAUCAGUGGAGAUGUAGCGCUGAGUCCGGCCUUCAAAGAACCAGAGGAGAACAUGUCCACCUGCCCCCAGGCCAUCAUCCUGGCCAUGGAGCAGCAGCAGAACCGGGCAGAGCUCCGCCUGGAGUCUUUGCACCAGAUCUUGACGCUGAUUUCUGGCAUGGAGGAGAAGAGUAGUCAGCAGAGUGGAGCGUGUCGCUCCAGCUCAGCCUUCCAUUCCGCCUCUCUGCUCACCUCAGUCCGGCUGCAGUUCCUGGCUGGCUGUUUUGGACUGGGCACUGUUGGUGCUGGAGGUCUGAAGUGUGAGAGUGUCCAGUUGCACCACUACCAGGAUGGUGUGAAAGCAGCCAGGAGGAGUGUCCAGAUGGAAAUUCAAACUGAGGUUCAUAAGAUCUACCAGCAGAUGUCAGUCACACUGGAGCGAGCGCUGCAGGACAACAAGCAUCACAUUGAAGCCCAGCAGCGCCUCCUGCUGGUGACGGUGUUCGCCCUCAGUGUGCGGUAUCAGCCAGUCGAUGUGUCCCUGGCCAUCUCCAGUGGUCUGCUGAAUGUGCUGUCUCAGCUGUGUGGCACCGAGACCCUGCUGGGCCAGCCCCUGCAGCUGCUGCAAAAACCUGGUGUGUCCCAACUGAGCACAGCCCUGAAGGUGGCAUCAACCCGCCUACUGCAGAUCCUCGCCAUCAGCACAGGAACGUACGCUGACCAGUUGAGUCCAAAGGUGGUCCAGUCGCUGCUGGACCUCCUGUGCAGCCAGCUGAAGAACCUGCUAUCCCAGGCUGCUGUCUCACCACUUGCCAGGAAAGAACCUGACAAAGACAGAGAUGAGCUGGAGAAAAAAGACCUGAGAGCACUGCUUCGAAAGCAACACACUGCUGAGCUGCACCUUGGAGACUUCCUGGUCUUCCUCAGGCGGGUGGUGUCGUCCAAAGCCAUCCAAUCAAAGAUGGCUUCCCCAAAGUGGACCGAGGUGCUGCUGAAUAUCGCAGCACAGAAGUGCUGCUCGGGUCUUCCACUGGUGGGGAAUCUCAGAACCAGAUUACUGGCGCUUCAUGUUUUGGAGGCGGUUCUGCCCGCUUGUGAGGCCAACAUGGAAGACGAUCAGGUGCAUCAGGUUGUGCAGCGGCUCUUCUCCCUGCUGUCUGACUGUAUGUGGGAAACACCAGUGGCUGAAGCCAAACACCUGCUGCAGGUGAAAGAAAGGGUGGAGGAGCUCCAUCUGCAGGGGGACGCUGAAGAGGAAGACGACCACCUUCCUGUUCAGGAAGUGUCCUUUGACCCUGAAAAGACCCAGUGUUGCGUGGUAGAGAACGGUCAGGUGCUGACCCACGGCAGUGGGGGCAAGGGUUAUGGCCUGGCGUCCACCGGCAUCUCAUCAGGCUGCUACCAGUGGAAGUUUUACAUGGUCAAAGAGAACCGUGGCAAUGAAGGCACUUGUGUGGGCGUGUCCCGUUGGCCUGUCCACGACUUCAACCACCGCACCACCUCUGACAUGUGGCUGUAUCGGGCCUAUAGCGGUAACUUGUACCACAACGGUGAACAGACCCAAACACUGGGGAGCUUCACACAGGGAGACUUCAUCACCUGUGUUCUGGACAUGGAGGCUCGGACCAUCCUGUUUGGAAAGAAUGGAGAGGAGCCCAAGUUAGCGUUUGAGGACGUCGAUGCCACUGAGUUGUUCCCUUGUGUGAUGUUCUAUAGCAGCAAUCCUGGAGAGAAGGUGAAGAUAUGUGACAUGCAGAUGAGGGGGACACCAAGAGAUCUACUCCCAGGAGAUCCCAUCUGCAGCCCGAUGGCAACAGUCCUGGCCGAAGCCACCACACAACUGAUCCGUAUCCUGCAUCGCACAGAUAGAUGGACCCACCCCAUCAACAAAACCAUGAUAGAAAGGCUCCACAAGAUCAAGCCGUGUCUCAGGGAGGUCGCUGGCGCAUCUGGCGGCCAGCGGCUGAAGAAGAGCCGGUCCGUUCAGAGCCGUGAGGAGCAUGACGCCCAACGAGACACCCAAGAACCUGUGACCCGGCCUGAGGAGGAGCGAGGACGCCACACCCGCCAGCACUUCUUGGCUGAGCUGUCGGAGAACCACCUGAGGGCGCUGUGCACAGACGUGUGGCCUGUCCUGGCUGUGAUCGGAGGAAUAGACGCAGGACUGCGGGUUGGUGGGAGAUGUGUGCACAAGCAGACUGGACGACAGGCGACUCUGCUGGGUGUGGUCAAAGAAGGAAGCACGUCUGCAAAGGUUCAGUGGGAUGAAGCUGAAAUCACCAUCAGUGACACACCGCUUUAUAACCUGGACCCAUGUGACCCACUGUCCUUCGAUGUUCCCCGUCUCUGUGGUUUGACACCUUCAUUGCUUUUGGACCUCACCUGCCUCACCAGCGUGCACGAGGACACGCCCAACAAGCUGAGCGCCCGGCGUCACGACAAGAAGCACCGGGUCGCCUCCGCAGGGCAAGAGCCAACUGCUCAGGACAGCAAGGCGGACAGGAGUGAGAGCACAGCCUCGGAUCUGCGGGUGUCUCAUAGCCUGGAAGAGGUGAAGGCGCACUUGGCCUCCAACUCGAAGUCUGAGAGUGAGAUCGCCAACGUUGUGGGCGGAAAGGACGGCCUCUUCACUGCAGGCCACGCCCCUUCAGAUGCUAACCGGAGGAAAGGUCAUGAACAUUCCCGAAGUCACGAGCCGUCCAUCUCCACGCAGUCAGAGAUCCACGCUGUGCAGCUGUCCUACCUGUACCUGGGUGCCAUGAAGACCCUGAGCGUCUUGCUGAGCUGCAGCAAGUAUGCUGAGCUCCUGCUCAUCCCCAAGGCACAGCCGGACACCAACGGCAGUGGCCAUAAUGCAGACUUGAACAUCAGCGCUAACUCGACGAGCCCACCUGUCUGCCCUGAGGAGGCGGAGAUGCGAGCGGCGCUGCAGUUCCUUAUGCGGCACAUGGUAAAGCGUGCAGUCAUGCGCUCUCCCAUCAAACGGGCCCUGGGUCUGGUGGACCUGGAACGGGCUCAGUCCAUCAUCUACAAGCUGGUGGUGACUGGGUUGUUGGAAGAGUCCGGCCCAUCCAGAGCAGGACUCAGGAGUGACCCGGAGGGCCACAGUGACCCCCCUGAAGGCGAUCAACUGGCCCAGACCCCCGUGACCACCAGUCCGUCCACCUCGAGCACCACCUCAUUCAUGAGUUCGUCCCUGGAAGACACCACCACUGCGACCACGCCUGUUACAGACACAGAGACGGCGCCUGCUGCUGAGUCUCCAGGAGCCAUGCCGCUCAGUUUGCUCAGGCAAAUGUUCUCCAGCUAUCCAACCACGACCCUAGGUUCAAGCCGGCGAGCUCAGACGCCCCCAGUUUCCUCCCUUCCCACCUCCCCCUCUGAUGAGGUUGGUCGGCGGCAGAGCCUGUCCUCCCCCGACACUCAGCCUGGCAGAGCUCAGAACAGAACUGGCACCUCUCUGUCGGACCCCACCAGCCGCCUAUCCACGUCCCCUCCACCCCCUGCUAUCGCCGUGCCGCUGUUGGAGAUGGGCUUUUCUUUGCGCCAGAUCACCAAAGCGCUUGAGGCCACAGGUGCUCGUGGGGAAGCUGACACCCAGAACAUCACAGUGCUCGCUAUGUGGAUGAUUGAACAUCCCCUCACUGACGACAACCAUGAGGAAAGUGGAGCAGAAGCUCCUGACUCGUCCUGUGCUGGUGCCACUGCCUCUGGAGGGCUGAAGUCUGCUGACAGGAGGACAUACUUUUCCACACCUGGAGAAUCUUCUGAUCCUGCAGAGAUGGAGGAAGGCUUUAGUGAGAGUGCGGAGUGUCCAGAUCGGGAUUGUACGUCCUCCUCAAGUGGAAACACCCUCACAAGCCGCUCGGCUGCAGGGAGGAAACAGCGGUUGGACUUGGCAGCUCGAACUCUCCUGGCCCGAGCAGCUGGACUGUACCGCUCCGUGCAGGCCCACCACAGCCAGGCGCGGCGGGAAGUCCCACCCCUGCAGCAGCAGGACUCGGGAGCUCUGUACGACUUCAACCUCGAUGAGGAGCUGGAGAUGGACCUGGACGAGGAGACCAUGGAAGCCAUGUUUGGAUCGGACCUCGCUAGUGACACGGACAUUCUGGGAAUGUGGAUCCCAGAGGUACUGGACUGGCCAACAUGGCACGUGUGCGAGGUCGAUGACCGGGACGAAGUGGUGGUGUGUGAGUUGUGUGACGCUAAUGUGGACAACUUCAACCAGCACAUGAAGAAGUGUCACCCUGGCUGCGGUCGGAGUACCAACCGUCAAGGUUACCGUAGCGACGGGUCGUAUGUGGACGGAUGGUUCGGCGGCGAGUGUGGCAGCGGGAACCCGUACUACCUCCUGUGUGGUCCGUGUCGUGACCAGUACCUUGCCAUGAAGACCAAAACCAAGAUCCCCAUCCUGGAGAGGUACAAGGGCCAAGCUCCAGACCUUCUGGGGAAGCAGGAGAGCGUGUAUGAAGAGGACUGGGACAUGCUGUAUGUUGAUGAAGAAAACAAGAUGUCUGGAGAGGAAGAUUUCGAUCACAUGGCCGGAACCCUUGGCCUUAAUGAGCGGCGAACCGUUCCAGAACCUGUCCAGUUCCCUGACAGUGAUCCACUGGGAGCAUCCAUCGCUAUGGUAACAGCUGCUAACAACAUGGAGGAGACGUUGCUGCAAAUUGGAUGCCAAACCACUGUGGACAAAGGCCCAUCGGGUCGGGCCUCUCUAGGAGAGCAGGCUGCGUCUCUUCAGAACCCUCAUGACCGAGUCAUGGCUCUACGGAGAGUCACAGCAGCUGCGCAAGUGCUGCUUGCCCGGACCAUGGUGAUGAGGGCCCUGUCACUGCUGUCCGUCAGUGGUUCCAGUUGCAGUCUGUCAGCUGGUCUCGAGGCUCUGGGUCUGACGGACAUAAGAACCCUGGUCCGACUCAUGUGUUUGGCUGCGGCGGGCCGAGCUGGUCUCUGUAGCCCCACUGCGGUAUCCGGGCAUGCCGAGAGGCCCAGAGGACCCCCGAAGACGAGUAAACCCAUAUCCUGCCUGGCGUACUUGAGCACAGCGGUGGGCUGCCUGGCAUCGAACAGCUCCAACGCUGCCAAGCUUCUGGUCCAGCUGUGCACCCAGAACCUGGUCUCUGCUGCCUCCGGCCUGAACCUUACCACCAUUGAUGACCCGGUUCAAAGAAAGUUCCUGCCCACUUUCCUGCGUGGUGCAGCCGAGGACAGCAAACUAGUGACAUCACCGAACUUCGUCGUGACUCAGGCGCUGGUGGCGUUGUUGGCCGACAAGGGUUCUAGACUGAGACCCGCCGGGGACAAGUCUGACCUGGAGAAAAGAGGACCUCUGGAACUGGCCAACGCUCUGGCAGCCUGCUGCCUGUCUUCCCGCCUCUCCUCACAGCACCGGCAGUGGGCGGCACAGCAGCUCGUCCGCACUCUGGCGGCCCACGACCGGGACAACAACCAGAGUCAGCCACAGACCUUUGCAGACAUGGCUGGGGAUCUUCCCAAGUGCUCCUCGAUCAAACUGGAGGCCCACCAGAACAGGGUCAUCACUUGCAGGUGGAGCAGCAAAAAAAGUCUGCUGGCCACAAGCGGCAACGACGGGACGGUGCGACUGUGGAACGUCUCCAAGAGCCAGUACAGCCUGCAGCAGACCUGCGUCUUCAACAAGCAUGAUGGCUCCUCAGAGGACGGCAGCUUAUCUCUGGGCUCCCCCAGCGACUCCUGUCUGUGCCCUCUCUGCUGGAGCGUCUCUGGAAAGUUCUUGGCCUCGGCUGUGGACAAGAUGGUCAAUAUCUGGCAAGUCACCGGUGGCAGGGGUCUCCUGGACACGCAGCCUCACUGGGUGUCUGCUCUAGCCUGGCCCGAAAACGAGUCAGACUCCCUGUGGUCCGACAAGACGGUGGACGUGCUGCUGGUGGGGAGAAUGGACGGAUCCCUCGGCCUGAUUGAGGUGAUGGAGUCCAGUAUGCAGCGCGUGGAGCUGGAGCACUGCUACAGGAAGGAUGUGGCUGUGAUGGACAUCGCCUGGUUCUGUGAGGACAAACCUUUCGCUGUUGGAUACUCUGACGGCAAAAUCCUGAUCGGAUCCAGACUGCCAUCGGAACACGGCGCGGUUGUGGUGAUCGAUGCUCACCAGGAGUCGGUCACCAGCAUCAAGUGGAGCCCGACUGGUCACAUGAUGCUGACCUGUGGCAAAGAAGACACGGUGAAGCUGUGGGCCGGUCCGGACCUGCAUUUGGACUCGGGAUGGCGUUGCCUGCAAAUGUUUCGGCAGCCGUCACUGGUCAACGGCGUGGCCUGGUGCGGACUGGCUGGGCGAGGUCCUCAUCCCCUCAACAUGUUUGCCAUAUGCUGUCAGAACGGUCUGGUCUCUGUCUGGACUGUGCCUCAGAUGGUGGACCACUUUUCAGAAUCUUCCAACUCUGAAGGAUGCUGGGAGCGCGGCGCCAAACCCUCCAUGAAGUCUCCACAUUGGACAGAAGGGGGCGCCACCUGUGUCUUCCAACUGAAGGGCCACUUGACUCCGGUCAGGACCCUGGCGUUCAGUCCUGACGGUCUUGCCCUGGCAUCCGGCGGCGUCGGUGGUCUCAUGAACAUCUGGUCUCUUCGGGACGGCUCGGUGAUCCAGACGGUGGUUGCUGGUUCAGGUGCCAUUCAGAACAUUGUGUGGAUCCCUGAAGUGGGCGUGGCCGUCUGCUCCAACAGGUCAAAGGACGUGCUGGUGGUGCACUGUCACCGCGAGUUCCUGGUGUCGCAUCAUGGCUUGGCCACCUGUCGCACGGCUCUGAAGCAGCAGGGCGUGGUUGGCCUUAACGCAGCUCCGUGUAUGAGGGCGUUUCUGGAGCGGCUGCCGGUCAUGCUGCAGGACCAGUACACCUAUGAGAAGCCUCACGUGGUCUGUGGUGAGCAGCUGGUCCACAGCCCCUACAUGCAGUGUCUGGCCUCUCUGGCAGUUGGACUGCACCUGGACCAGCUCUUGUGCCGCCCCCCUGUGCCUCCUCACCUCCAGCACUUUCCACCGGAGUCAGCUGCCGCCACCUGGAGCGCCAGCGAGUGGGCGUGGUUGGAUUGUUUCUCCACCACAGUGAAGGCGGCUGAGGCUCUCGCACGAGGCUCCGUCUUCCCCGAUGCCUUCUGUGUUCCCGACCUCGAACCAGUCUCCAAACAGGACCUGGACCUGCUCAUGGACAACAGCAAGUGGUCGUCAGGCAUGGACGAGCAGAUCAUGUCCUGGGCCUCCACCCGACCUGAGGACUGGCACCUGGGCGGGAAGUGUGAUGUGUUCGUGUGGGGCGCCGGGCGCCACGGUCAGCUGGCAGAGGCGGGCAGGAACACCCUGGUGCCCACCGCGGCCCCUUCAUUCUCUCAGGCGCAGCAGGUGGUGUGUGGCCAGAACUGCACCUUUGUCAUCCAGCCCAACGGGACCGUCCUGGCGUGUGGGGAGGGCAGCUACGGUCGGCUCGGGCAGGGCAACUCGGAUGACCUGCACGUCCUCACCGUCAUCUCCGCCCUGCAGGGGUUCGUGGUGACUCAGCUGGUGACGUCCUGUGGCAGCGACGGCCACUCCAUGGCUCUGACUGAGAGCGGGGAGGUGUUCAGCUGGGGAGAUGGCGACUACGGCAAGCUGGGCCAUGGCAACAGCGACCGCCAGCGCAGGCCGCGACAGAUCGAAGCCCUUCAAGGAGAGGAAGUGGUCCAGAUGUCCUGCGGGUUCAAACACUCGGCCGUCAUCACCGCCGAUGGGAAACUCUUCACCUUUGGAAACGGAGACUAUGGCCGUCUGGGGCUGGGAAACACCUCCAACAAGAAGCUGCCGGAGAAAGUGAAGGCUCUGGAGGGGUACCAGGUGGGCCAGGUGGCCUGUGGGCUGAGCCACACGCUGGUCAUCUCUGCCGACGGGAGCAUGGUUUGGGCUUUCGGUGACGGAGACUACGGGAAGUUAGGGAUCGGGAACUCUACCUCAAAGUCGUCCCCUCAGAAAGUGGAUGCGCUCUGUGGCCUUGGCAUCAAGAAGGUGGCUUGUGGAUCCCAGUUCUCCGUGGCUCUGACCAAAGAUGGGAAGGUGUUCACCUUCGGCCAAGAUCGCCUGAUUGGACUGCCGGAGGGCCGUGCUCGGAACCACAACCGUCCACAACAAGUCCCGGCCCUCGCCGGGGUUCACAUUCAGGACAUCUCAGUGGGUGCGGAACACACGGUGGUGCUGUCCUCCACUGGAGACGUCUACACCUGGGGCAGCAACUCGGAGGGACAGCUGGGUCUGGGACACACCAACCACGUGAGGGAGCCCACCCUGGUGACGGUCCUGCAGAACAAGAACAUCAACCAGAUCUCUGCUGGGCGCUGCCACAGCGCAGCGUGGACAGCCCCCAGCGUCCCGCCCCGAGCUCCGGGCUCCUCGGUCCAUCUGCAGCUGGGUCUGCCUGGGUCCGUCCCGCCGCAGUACAGCAGUCUGAAGGAGCUCACCAUGGAGGUGGUAAGAGCGCGACUGCGCCUCCUCUACCACUUCUCUGACCUCAUGUACUCGUCGUGGAGACUCCUCAACCUGAGUCCCAACAGCCAGAACUGCCCCUCCCACUACAAUGCUGGCACCUGGGGUAUUGUGCAGGGCCAGCUGCGCCCCCUGCUGGCCCCGCGGGUCUACACGCUGCCCAUGGUGCGCUCCAUUGGGAAGACCAUGGUGCAGGGACGCAACUAUGGACCUCAGAUCACAGUGAAGCGCAUCUCCACACGGGGGCGCAAGUGCAAGCCCAUCUUCGUGCAAAUCGCUCGGCAGGUGGUGAAGCUGAAUGCUGCCGACCUGCGGCUGCCGUCAAGAGCUUGGAAGGUCAAGCUGGUGGGCGAGGGGGCGGACGAUGCCGGGGGCGUGUUUGACGACACCAUCACCGAGAUGUGCCAGGAGCUGGAGACGGGCGCCGUCGACCUGCUCAUCCCCUCCCCCAACGCCACCGCAGAGGUGGGCUACAACCGGGACAGGUUCCUGUUGAACCCGUCCUCCUGCCUGGAUGAACACAUGCUGCAGUUCAAGUUCCUGGGCAUCUUGAUGGGCGUGGCCAUCCGGACCAAGAAGCCCCUGGACCUGCACCUGGCCCCGCUGGUGUGGAAGCUGCUGUGCUGCAUCCCUCUGCAGCUGGAGGACCUGGAGGAGGUGGACCUGCUGUAUGUGCAGACGCUCAAGAGCAUCCUGCACAUCCAGGACAGCGACAUCACGGAGGAGAACUUCCACGAGAUGAUUCCUCUGGACUCGUUCGUGGGUCAGAGCGCCGACGGCAAGAUGGUUCCCAUCAUCCCUGGAGGAAACAGCAUCCCGCUCACCUUCUCCAACAGGAAGGAGUACGUGGAACGAGCGGUGGAGUUCCGGCUUCACGAGAUUGACCGGCAGGUGGCAGCGGUGCGUGAAGGCAUGUCCUGGAUCAUCCCCGUGCCGCUGCUGUCGCUGCUGACCGCCCGGCAGCUGGAGCAGAUGGUGUGUGGGAUGCCGGAGAUCUGCUGCGACGUGCUGAAGAAGGUGGUGCGCUACCGCGAGGUGGACGAGCAGCACGCGCUGGUACAGUGGUUCUGGCAGACGCUGGAGGAGUUCUCCAACGACGAGCGCGUGCUCUUCAUGCGCUUCGUCUCGGGCCGAUCCCGGCUGCCGGCCAACACCGCCGACAUCUCCCAGAGGUUCCAGAUCAUGAAGGUGGACCGGCCGUUCGACAGCCUGCCCACGUCCCAGACAUGCUUCUUCCAGCUGCGGCUACCGCCGUACUCCAGCCAGAGCGUGUUAGCCGAGCGGCUGCGCUACGCCAUCAACAACUGCCGCUCCAUCGACAUGGACAACUACAUGCUGUCCCGCAACGUGGACAACGCCGACGGCUCCGACACAGACCUCUGAAGGGCUGCCGCCCCGCCGGCGCCACGCAACCAGUCUGACUCAAACUUCAUCACCUCCUCAUCCGCACAGUAUUUAUUGUCUCACUGACAAAACAAUAAAUCACACAAAUACAGAGCCUGGUGCAGCCGAGGGCAGACGCUGGUG